AUGAAAGACUUUUCAGCGCCCUCAGAGUGUCCUACUACACACGACGUACCGACUCUCGUACUAUCUCUGUUACUCUGCACAGGGCUCAUCAUAAGUUACCUGCCUCAGCAUCUGCGUAUUAUCACCACCAAAACAUCAGAAGGUUUCUCACCAUGGUACCUUCUCCUCGGAGCUACUUCAUCCGCUUCUGGAAUGCUCAACUUGCUUAUUGUUCAAUGGCCCUUGUUCAGGUGUUGUAGGGUCAUUAGCGCUGGCAGGUGUUUCGAAUCACUGCUCGGUUUCUAUCAAGUGACUUUACAGUGGUUUCUUUUCACCGUCAUAUUGGUAUUAUAUCUCGCUUACUUCCCUAAACAUCUCAAAUACCAACGAGUCAUGCCCCUCGAACCGGAUGUGAUAGAUCGAGACUACGGUGCGACAGGUACAAGCAGGUCAGAAGGCGCUGUAGCUCGCCCCAUAGUCACCGUAUCUACCACUCCUGAAUGGAGAUUGGCAGUCACUCUCGCUGUAGUCGUAUUCCUCCAUCUAUCACUUCUUUUCCUCUUAUCAAUCUCUCUCCUUCUCAUCCUUCCCUCCACUGUUCCCCCUCACCCAUUCCUAUCGUACCUAGCCACCUUCCUAGGUGUCUCAGGAACGGUCCUAGCGGUAUUACAAUACGCACCUCAGAUAUACCGUACAUACCAUUCAAAACUUGUCGGUGCACUGAGUUUGGGUACCAUGGCGAUUCAGGUACCUGGAAGUGUGUUGUUCGUGUUAAGUCUAGUAUUUAGACCUGGAACGAAUUGGACUAGUUGGUUGGCUUAUGCUGUUACCGGUGGGAUGCAGGGAGCAUUGUUGGUAAUCUGUCUGUUUUGGAAGAGAAGACAACGGGAACUUGGUAUUGAUGAUUUUGGUAAUCCUCUGGUCACUACUACCGCUCAUCAUAGCGAUGAGAGGCAACCUCUCGUUGGUGACGAUUAG